ACUCUCAAUUAUUUGGUUCAAGGCGCCAAACCCUCACUCAUUUUUUUAACCUUUCUGUUAAUCACCAGCGUAAUGUCGUCUGAAGAACCAAGCACGAGUACGAUGGAAGAUAAGUAAGUUUUCCAGAAUACUCUUAAUUAAAAACUACAGUUAAAAGACAGGAACACUUUCAUUUUUUAACUGCUUGCUUUCGCGCGCUUCAAAAAGUAACGUUUUUACAGCAAGAAAAAUACGGUCGAGGCAUUUAAAUUACUGAACACGGGUAAGAGAAACCUUAUUUGCGGUGAAGUUAAAGAAGCUUGUGGACAACUGCAAGAAGCUUGCCGACUUAUAGCGAAACAUUGUGGGGACCUAGCGGACGAGUGUGCUGAUGCUUACUUAUGCUAUGGCAAGGCCCUCUUGGACCUAUCGAGAAUGGAGAGCUCUGUAUUAGGAAAGGCAUUGGAAGGAGUUGAGGAAAAGUUAGAAGAACUGAAGGAAGCUAAAGAGGAAGAAAAUACGGAUUCCAAAGUUGAAACUCCUGAUACAGUGACGGAAGAAGAAAAAGAAAAGAUUGCUGAUGACGUCAUAGAUGCCAUGAUUGAGAAAGAACCAGUCACAAAGAAAGAGGAAAAUGGAAAGGAGAGUGAAAGUAUGGAUGCAGAAACGGAGAAAAAGGAUGAAGAGAAAUCCACUGAUGAGAAAAAAGACGACGAGAAACCUACAGAGGAGAAAAAGGAUGACGAGAAACCUACAGAAGAGAAAAAGGUUGAAGAUAAAGAAUCUACAGAGGAGAAAAAAUGUGAAGAAAAGCCUACAGAUAACACUGACAAAGACGCAGAAGCUGAAGCGGCUAAAGAGGUGGAAAAAACUAAGGAACCUGAAACAUCAGAAAAACAAGACGUGUCUGAGAAAGAGCCCACAUCAACAACUGAGGGAGAGACUGAGACAACUGAAAACAAUGAAGAAGCGAUGGAAGAAUCAAACGAAGUUGAGGAAAAUGAUGACGAGGAUAUUGCGGACGAAGAACAAGAAGAAAAUGGAAAAGAGUCUGAUGAGCAGGAUGAUUGUCCAGAUGAAAAUGAAGUCAGCAAUAUUCAGCUUGCCUGGGAAAUGAUAGAAUUAGCCAAGCUAAUUUUUGCGAAAAAAGAUAACCGAGAAGCUAAACUAAACAUUGCCGAAUGUCACUUGAAACUUGGAGAAAUCAGCAUGGAGUCAGAUUCAUAUGAAAAUGCCAGUAAUGAUUUUAAGAAAAGUCUAGAAAUACUUGAAAGUGAAAAGGCUGAUGCCAGAUUAAUUUCCGAGACAUAUUUGUGGUUGGGAAAUUGCCACAUUAACUCGUACGAUUACGACUCUGCUAUAAAGUAUUUGAAACUAUCUGUUGAAGUUCUGCAAAACAAAAUUGAUAUUUUGAAAAAAGAAGUAGCUGAAAAGGAAGAAGAGAAGGAUGGGAAAAGUGUCUCAGAUGAAAUUAAGGAAUUGGAAGAUCUAAUUCCAGAUCUGCAACGAAAGAUCGAUGAAACUCUCAUUGAGCAAAAAGAAAAAGAUAGAGUUAAGGAAAUUGUAAAAGAUGCUGUUACCCCUGAUCUCGGAGCAACAAGUACUGGUUUUGGUACUCCUAUGACUACUUCUGACCCACCCGUGAAAACUCUUCAACCAAAGAGAGCUAAUGACGUUUCUCACCUCGUUAAAAAGCGCAAACCGGACGAGGAGGAUAAUUCCGUAACCGAUAAAUCUCCUGUGAAAAAGAUUCGAACGGAUACUGGAAAGGAAAAUGGAGAAGCUGUGAAUGGAAACGGCGACGUCAACAUGGAAGAAAAGACAGAGGAAGCUAUACAGAAUCAAUCUUAGCAUUUGCCGUUCAUUUCUCUUACCCACUUGUAAACUUGAUGUUUUUAGCUAUAGUUUUUAUACUCAAAAAGCGUGUUUUGUUAAAUAAAUGCAAAGUGAAACGCAUUAUUUUCUCGGUGACAGUAAAGAAGAACUGUCCAAAGUAAUUUUCGUUUUCAAAGGAGAUCUUCCUACAAGUGGACUGUUGGGAGCACUAUUAUGCAACUUGACUUUGUCUUUGUAAGACAAUUCUUCCAAUUUUCUUUUAUCAGAAGGACUUACCGGUGGUAGAGUAGUUCUUGCAGACUGAGGUCCAUCGAACGUAUUGAUAGUAGGGAGCAUAACUUUCAUUUCUUUGUUAAGUGGUUCUAAUUUCUUCUUCUCCACAUCGCCUACUUGAGCCCUGUUUAGCUGUCUGCUGUGCAUUUCUGGUUGUAAAUGGGGAGUUACAGGUAGUUGCUGCAGUUGUCCUGGUUUUGAUUUUCCGCUAGCGGACGGUAAAGAUUUUGUGUGUCGUCUCCUAGUCUCUUCCAAAGCCCUUCUGAUUGAUUCCGAUUCGUCGCGAAACGACGCCUUAUCGGUUAGUUUCACUGGCUCACGAUCGAUUUCGUCUUCCAUAUGAAACGCAGUCGCUUUUCAUAUUCUUUCAAAACGUCAUUUGACCCCUUUAAUUGCCAUAUGAGACUUUUAACACAUUUAAAUGUACAAUAUUUGUAAUAAUGAUGUAUGAAUAGAAAAGUGAACGUGGCGCUGCAUAUAAAACGUUCAAUAUCUUAGGCAAACUCUGGUUUUCUACUUUGUCUCGUUUGCUCUGCAUCCAUAGCAACAACGCAUCAAUGUUAUCCUAGACUUACCUUUCAAAUGUAUUAAACAUUGUAAAACUAAUAACACAAAGGUAGAGUUCACGGCAAAAACAUAAUUAAAUUUUUCUAACGACUAAUUAUGCUUUCUUUUAAAUAUUAAUGAAAAAUUAUUAGUAAUCUUGGCUAGUAUAAAAUAACCUUUUAUUUUCUUACGAAUUUUUAUGUAUUAUAAAUAACCACAACUUGCAUAAUUUCACUAUAUUAUUUUAAAGGUGGGAGGGUACUUUUGCAAAUCAAUUUUUAACUCGAUAAUUAAUAAUUCAUGCAGCAUUUAUAACAAACGGAAUUACGCUUAAAUAUUUCAUUGAAUAAGCUCUCCGACUUACGGAACUGUGUAGUUAUAUAAUCUAAUAAAAGCGUAAUGGUUGUUAUUAUUCAAAUUUCAUUUUCUUUAGUUAGUUUUAUCAAUUAAACAUUAUAAUAUACUUAUAUAAAUAAUAAUCGAAUAUGUUAUUUCAAGGUGAGAGUCUCGAUUGAACAUCUCAAUUUCUAUAAAUUCUUCGUGAUGUAUUAUACAUAAAAGACCUCAUUACCUUAAAUUUAUAUAUUUAUUUUAGUAGAUUGAGUAAAAAAGUUGAUGUACUUACAGGUGUUCUUCAAUAGACAUUCUACAAUGGAAUUGAUGGAUGUAUUUGUAUUAUUUUACAAGUCGAGAACACCAGAUGGCGAUGUGCCAAUUUAGCAUUAUCUUUUUACUUUAUAAAUAUCGUUACCUUAAUAAUUAUAUAUGUAUUAUAUAUACGUAUAACAGUAUAUACUGUAUAUAUCUAUAUAUAUAUAUAUAUAUACUGUCUUGCAUUACCUCUUAUUAUCUUAAUAAACAAGGAGGAAAGCAAAGAAAUGGAUUUAAUAAUUGUUCAAGUGGUUAUCUUCAACGUAGAAUAAAUUUUUUAUAUUGUUCUGUAAAAAAUACAAUAAAGUACAUAAAUUUGUAUAAAAUACACAAGUAACCUAAUCAAUAAACUGUAUAAUCAUCUAGCAACGAACGUAUAUUUAUA